AUGCCCUCGGCCUCGUGCUCCAAUUGGCUUCUGCAAUGCUUGUGCCGACUGCGACAGCAGAAACCACUUCAAGCCUUCAAGCCCUUCAAGCUUCCAGAGACGACGAUCGACGCUGGUGUUCGGAUCUUAGGCUGCGGACUGAUCGAUCGAUCAGUCCUCAGCUUCGCCCAAGAAAUAGGAGGUUUGUCUAAUCCUCAUAUCCUUCCCGAGAUGGCACUUGUUGAAACAAACACCUUCGUGCUCACAUUUCAGACCUCGGUACACAAACCGAUGGGUCUUACUUUGAGGAUUCCUCUCGCCAACGUCCAAUUGUUGGGAGGUGUUAUUCUCGAAAAUGCCGGUGAUCUUAAUUUUGCUGUAUGGCUGAAAGAGAAUGACAACUUCCUCUUCCUUGGCCAGUCUACCCCGGGUACAACCCUUCCAUGGCCAAGCUGGGAGCUUAACAUUUCCUCCAAUUCUGCUUGGCUGUCGGGCUCCAAAGGGCCCUACAGCGGCCUCACCAGCCCCACCCGCUCCCGCUCCCACAAACCCUACCGCAACCACCCCCACCAACCCUACCACCAACCCCCCCCCAUCAACCCUACCGCGAACCCUCCCACCAACCCUCAAACACCCUUUCCAGUACCUAACGAUGUUUCCGCACUGCUGACUGAUUUUCAGUCUCUACACAUCGCAGAGGCCCCACCCACCACUAUCCCUGAACUGGCGACCGGUAUCGACAGAUUUCUAGCAUCGUGCUCUGACGAGCAUCUCGCGCUUGUCAAGACCGCGCUGAAAGAGUUGGGCGCGCCAAAGGUGACCAAUGUAACAACUAGGUGUCUCCUCAUAAUAAUGGGACUCUUAUUACACUGGGGCCCAUGGUGCGAGAAGGAUGCAGAUAUUUCCAAGAAGGAAAAAAAGGUUCUAAUGACUCAAUUUUGCAUUGAGAUAACUCGCAUCGGGCAAGAAAAAUUUGGAUUAACUCCUAACUUUCUCAAGAAAGGUUUUCUUGAUCCGUUUACCGCAGAGGUCACAGACACGCGUUUAUCCUUAAUAUCGCACCAACUGGGUACCAUCAUGGAUUCCAGUAGCCCCAUGGGAACCGGGCUAACGUCCGGUAACCUUGCAGCGGUUUUCGGCGGGUUACCUGAGGUCCUUAAAACCCUGGAGGACUACAAAAAAUAG